AUUAAUGGAUGAAUAUGAUGAGGAAUAAUUUGAGCAUUCAGAGUGUUUAGAUGAAAAUAAUGAAUUUAUGAGUGGAGACAUGGAACAAUAGGGGAAGGCAGAAGGUCUAUUAGAAUAAUGUGAGAUCUGUUCACGAAAAUUUCACACGGAAAGGAUUGGGAAGCAUAGACAAGUAUGUGAGAGGGCUUAAUAAAAAUAAAUGGAAAGAGAAAAGCUAAUAAAACGUAAAUAAUAACAGAAAGCUGAAAAUUAAUAGAAAUUGGAUGCCAAAGAGAAACAAGUGAAAAAUAAAACAGUUAAUAAUUGGAGAGAGUAACAUAAGUAAUUCUAAGAGAUGAUUCAUUGCAAUAAAAAAGAAAAAGAGGUAGCAAAAUCGAUGAAUUAUUAAGGUUCAAAAUGAGGGUGAAGAGGAAUUAGCCGUAAAGACUCCAGAAUUAGCUAAAAAUUCACUCUAUGUGUUUUGUGAAUACUGCAAGCGGAGUUUCGAUAGAUGUAUUAAUUAAUAGAAAUAUUUGUAGAUGUUGCUGAGAGACAUAUUCCGAAGUGCAAGGAAAUCAAGGCUAAACCCAAGCCUCCCAAAAAGAAUUAAUUAUAAAUGAAAAGAACUACUUAGUUAAGCACUGCAUCUACUACGAAUUAGAAUGAAAACGUUGAUCAAACCAAGCAAUCUUUUCGUGCAUAGAGUUUGAUGAAAACUGCUGAGGUUUAGAAGAGACAACUCCCAGAAUUAAAGAAAGCUAUCUAUACAGGGUUUGGUAAUUGAUUUGGGUGAAUAUAUUAGGAUUCAUGGACUGUUAAACAAGGGCAACUGCUUUGUCGGAUACUGAGUGUCCAUAUUGUCUUCGUAAAUUCAAUCCAAAGGCUGCGCUUUGUCAUGUUCCCAUUUGUGAAAAAUUGACGAAUAAAGAAUAAAUUAGUAAAAUUAUUAUGUCAAACCAAGAAUUAAAAUUAAAAAAUAAGGCUAUUUUGCCAAAAUUAAAAAAAUUGGACUCUAUUUUGCCGGCUAUUAUCACUCAAUAGCCUCAACUGAAAAAGAUUCUCAAGGAGACUGACAUCUAAUUAAAAAGUCAAUCGAAAUUUUGUACUUAAUGCGGGAACAAGAUGCAAAUGGGACAUAGAUACUGCGGAGGGUGUGGUCAUAAGAGAGAAAUUGAAUAAUGAAUAUAUUUUUAUAUUUAA